AUGGAGUUUCGGGGGCCAGACAUCUCACGGCCGAGGAUAGAGCUGCAUCCCGAAGACCAUAUUUACAGAGAGCCUAUCACGCAGUAUUUGAACUGGAACAUCUCGUCGAGUUUCAGGCGCCCGGAUGGAGUGCUCAAACGCGUAUUCACGAUCAAUGACCUUUUUCCGGGUCCUACUAUUGAAGCCCGGGCAGGGGAUACUUUGAUAAUUGCCGUUAACAACACCAUAAAAGACGAGUCCUUUUCUAUUCAUUGGCAUGGGCUACAUGUACACCAAUCAAUGGAUGGAGCGGUUGGGGUUACGCAGAAUCCUAUUGAACCCGGAACCACGUUCGUCUACAACCUGACAAUUCCACCAGAUCAAAGUGGGACCUUUUGGUAUCACGCCCACUCUGGGGUAGCCAGAGCUGACGGCUUGUACGGCGGCUUUGUUAUCCACAGACCUAGCCCCAAGUCGACAGUACGAGGACUCCUAGGCCAGGAGACAUCCGUCGAUUCUGAUAGAUUUCAUUACAACAAGGAGUUGUUGCUAUUGAUCGGAGAUUGGUACCACCGCUCUGCGCCAGACGUUCUGUCCUGGUACAUGCGUGCAGGAUCAUUUGGCAAUGAGCCUGUCCCUGAUUCCCUUGUUAUCAAUGGGGCUGGGCACUUUGACUGCUCAAUGGCUGUACCAGCACGGCCCUUGGACUGUCUGGUAUCUUCUAUCGACCCUCCUCUCUUCAAUAUGGAAAGAAAUCUGGCGUACAGAAUUCGCGUGGUCAACACCGGGUCCCUGGCAGGAUUUAGUCUAGCAUUUUCUCACCAAAAUCUCGAGCUGAUUCAGCUCGAUAGUGUUGACGUUGAGCCACAGCAGAAGUCGGCGACUUCAUUGGGGAACCUAUUUCCAGGACAGCGCAUGGAUUUCGUUAUCCGCACACUAGAGGAAGCAGAUGAUGGGCAAGGACCGAUGUAUAUGACUGUGGAGCUAGACAGAGGAUGCUUCAGAUAUCCCAAUCCCGCCUUGACGCCGGAGCAAACAUUUGAGAUCAGUACCAUGGAUAGCAUACAAUCUCAAAAAGAGAACAUUCGUCCCAAACAUCAUUUGGAUAUUGAACAGGUACCAUCCGCACGGUCUGUUCUGGCCGAUCUCCCACCAACCGCUCAACAAACGCAUGUCGUGUACACGAAGAUCGAGAAGCUCUCGAUUAGGCACAACAUUCCAUAUGGAUUCUUCAACCGUACAUCCUGGAAGCCACAGAGUAAUCCCCCACAGCCGCUAAACAGUCUUUCCAAGGGCCAAUGGGAUGAAAAUCAGUUUUCUCUCUCAACAGGUCCAGAGCCAGUCUGGGUUGAUCUAGUGGUGAACAACCUGGACGAGGGGGAUCAUCCGUUUCAUUUGCACGGCCACCACUUCUAUGUCUUGGCCAUCUAUCGCUCCUCGACAGGCUGGGGAUCUUACAACCCCUUCAGCGACGCCCGUCCACCCGGUCUGUCACUCCCAGAGGAGUCAGAUGCUCAAUCUCCUUAUGAUCUCAGCCGCGCCAUCUUGAGGGAUACAGUGCAGAUUCCCCGGCGCGGGUACGCCGUGCUUCGCUUCAGGGCAGACAACCCGGGAGUCUGGCUGUUUCACUGCCAUAUCCUGUGGCAUCUGGCUAGUGGGAUGGCAAUGAUCGUAGAGGUGGGUUAG